AUGGUGGCAUUGGAGUCCUUCGGUGGUAGCGGCAGGAUGAAGAAGAAGAAAAAGAAGAAGAAAAAACAGCCUAACAGGAAUUUUAUGGUCCGUAAACUUGAUCCGCUGGAGACGUGGAAUCCGAUGGUAGAAGAUGCCUUACGAGUAACGGAAUUCUACUACAUUUCGAGAAUUGUGAUGGUUAGAGGAUAUUAUCCGUUACUAUCUGCUCUCGUGGAAAGAUGGAGGCCGGAGACUCACACCUUUGUAUUACCCGUGCGUGAGGUUACCGUUACAUUAGAGGAUGUAGCACAUAUAUUUGGCCUAACGAUUGAUGGAGAGCUGGCAUGGGUUCGCCGUAUCAGAAACGCAGAGCCAUAUGAUACUUUGGACUCUAUUCAGAGAUACGUCAGAUACCAGAUUUUUUGUUUGCUGGGUUUGACCCUAUUCGCGGAUAAGUCAAUAGCCUAUGCCCACGCAAAGUAUCUACUACUUCUCUACGAUUUUCAGUGGAUCUACACUUACAGUUGGGGGAAUCAUGUCUCGCGCAUCUUUAUAAGGCAUUGUGCCGUGCAUUACGGUACGAUUGCAAGGUGUUUGGGCAUGAGAGAAAAUACCGUGUAUUAUGCCCGUUCUGAGAUAGCACCUUCCAGUGGCCAACGUGGAGUCAUUCCCCACGAUCUACAGCGUGGUUAUCGAAGACCACAUCGAUAUUUAGUUUGUCUGGCGGUCGUACGAACCGUUGCUUUGUUAUUGUCGUUCGAGUGUAUUGAGUGGCACCCUGCGAAUCGAGUGAUGCGUCAGUUCGGGUAUGCACAACCCACCCCGGAGCUAGCAAAAGUCUUUAGAGCAGAAGAGCAUUGCAUCACUCUUUGCGGAAUGCAACUUCAUGACUGA